AUGAAUCGCCUCAAGGCCGGAUGGCCCAAGGGGAAGAAGAAGAGCAGUAAGGGUGCCCCCUCCUCCCUCGCCUCAUAUGGCCCUGGGGCGCCUCCGUUGCAGUUCCAGCGCUCGAGCCAAGCCCUCCCGCCCCUCAUCGAGGACUGUCUUGCCUGGCUCGAGGCCCACCGCGUGUGGGAGGUGGAGGGGAUAUUUCGUAUCAGCGGCGACUUCCACGAGAUAAAGGCCCUCCUCCGCAAGUACGCCAAGGGCAAGAAGGUGAAGCUCGACGACGAAACCACCGGCCUGCGCGCACACACCGUGGCCUGUCUCUUCAAGACCUACCUGCGCGAGUUGCCCAUUCCGCUGCUUACGUUCGAGCUCUACAAGCCCUUCUUGUCCGCCAUUGGGGUGCCGGACGAAAAGGCGCGGCUGGAGCUGAUCCGUACCACCAUGGCCAUGCUGCCCCCGGCCAACAAGGCCCUCCUCACCCGCCUCCUCGCCCUCAUGCGCAAGGUGGCGGACCACGCCGACACCAACAAGAUGCACGCGCAGAACCUGGCCAUCGUGUUCGCGCCCUGCCUCCUGCGCCCCGAGAACGACGACCUCAUGGCGGCCCUCAUGGACGGGGGAGUGUCGCAGGCGCUGCUCUCGACCAUGGUCACCCACUACUCCUACUUCUUCAUCGAGAAGGGCGACAAGAGCGAGACCACCAAGCAGCUGACCGGCGAGUACAAGGACUUCUACCGCACCCUACGCAAGAGCGAGGGCGAAGGCGGCGGAGAGAACGGCGGGGAAGCGGGCGAGGGUGGCGGUGGUGGCGACGUGGAGGGAGGGCUGGCCAGCAUGUCGUCCGAAGUGCGGCGAUUCGCGGCCAAGGCCGAGCCCCGCCGCCGAGCCGCCACGACGGCCACCACGCCGGAGGCGGCGGGGGCGCAGGGUAAGCCGCUGCCGGCGCCCCCGCGGCCCUCGAGGCCGCCGCCCGUCACCAAGCUCCUGCCGGCGCCCGACGCCCAGCCCCUGCGACCACAGCCGCCCAUCCCGCAACCAGCAGCCAAACACGACGACGACCUGUCGCCCCGCGAGCCGCAAGAACCGCCACAACAGCCGCAGCAGCCCGCGCGCUUCGAAGGCGAGGACCACCUCAAGGCGACGGCUACGGCGGCGGCGGCGGCGGCGGCCGAGGAGCCGGCGGUGAUGGAUCUGAAGAAGACGCGGAAGCUCCCCAAGCGGGCUGGGGCGAAGGAGGACGACGGGGGCGACAAGGAGGAGCGGGAGCGGGAGCGAGAAAGGGAGCGGGAGCGGGAGCGAAAGGCCAAGCAGAUCUCGAUGUCGUGGAACCCGUCCCACGUGCGACGGGAGCUCGAGGCGAGCAGCAGCGGCGCGAAGGGCGAGCAGGGGCGACUGCUCUACGCGGAGCUCGAGGGGAGCGGGAAGGAGCUGCUCCGCUCGCACAGCACCCAGAUCGCCUCCAUCCGCCGCCGCCUCAAGCAGUCCUCCGCGGAGCUGGCCUCGUCGAGCGACAGCGACAGCAGCGGCGAUGAUGACGAUGAGAAGAACGAUGACCGCACGCGCGCUCGCUCGCUGUGCCGUUCGACGCCCGCCGCCAAGGUGGCGUCGGCCGCGAGCGAUUCGGACUCGGACCACUCCACGCAGCGGCUGAGCUCGAGCCAUCGCGUCAGGUCCGUCCGGUCACGACUACAGAGCGACAGCAGCAGCGACAGCGAUAGCGACAGCGCCUCGUCGUCUGAUGAGCCAACGGCGAAGCGGAACGAGAACAAGAAGAGUCGGGACGACGACGAUGACGACGCCGGCGAGAACAGCGGAGAUGAGGUGAAGGUGGUGACCACCAAGCAGACGACGACCUACCUCACCCCCGAGCAGAUGGUGAAGCUCGUCCGACAGCAGCGGGCGCAGCAGCGGAAGGAGCUCCUCGCCAAGAAGAAGAAGAACGACAAGCAGCAGCAGAAGAAGAGUAACAGCGCCAGCAUCAAGAAGAAGAAAGGCUCCGGCAGCGACAGCGACAGCAGCAGCGAAGCGGAUUCUUCUUCUGCAUCGUCGAGUGGCAGCGACAGCGACGAGGGCGACGUGCGCAGCAAGCGAAAGUCGCCCAAGGCCGUGUCUCACCGGCACCCGAUGGGCAAGUCUAUGCCCACCCGGCCCUCCGCCUCGCCCACCCCCGCUCGCCUUGCGGCCUCUAUGCCGUCGCCCCACGAGGAGCGCAAGGAGAGCACACCAAGUGGAGGCUCGUCGUCUUCGUCGUCGUCGUCGAGCGAGGACGACACAGAUGAUGCGGAAGUGGUGCUGGCGUGGAGCGAGAAGAUGGCGGAGGGCGAUCUGGGCUACUUUGAGCGUCUUGUCGACGGCAGCAGCUACCCAACAGCGUCCUCCGAUUUGGCCGCCCUCGCCAAGGACGUCGAUCUCGUGUCCCUCGACCACUUCCAAUAG